AUGGCACCUCCCACUGUUCCAGCUCCCAAGAGUCUGCUUGGCCGCCACCGGCUGCUCGCCCCGACUGCAGGGGUGUUUGUAAGUCCAAUAUGUCUGGGGACCAUGAAUUUCGGGAGUGUCAUGAACGACUCCCUGGGCGAGUGUACCAAAGAGACGGCGUUUGAGAUUCUCGACUACUUUUACGAGCAGGGAGGCAACUUCCUUGACACAGCCUCGAGCUACCAGGGAGAAGAGUCGGAGAAAUGGUUGGGCGAAUGGCUGUCCAAGACCGGGCGGCGCGACGAGUUCGUCCUGGCAACAAAGUACACGGGCAACUUCAAGUCUAGAUCCGAAUCAUACCGACAACAAUCCAACUUUGGCGGAAAUGGCACGAAAAGUUUGCACUUAUCCGUGGAAGCGAGUCUCAAGAAACUCCAGACCACGUAUAUCGACCUCCUGUACCUUCACUUCUGGGACAUGACGGCAGACAUACCCGAGAUCAUGCAGUCUCUCAAUCACCUGGUUUCUUCCGGCAAGGUCCUGUACCUAGGCAUUUCGGAUACGCCAGCUUGGAUUGUGGUUAAGUGCAACGAAUACGCGAGACAACAUGGACUUAGACAGUUCUCAGUAUACCAGGGCCGGUGGUCCGCGGCUGAUCGGGAUUUUGAGCGAGACAUAAUCCCCAUGUGUCGAGCUGAAGGGAUGGGCUUGGCGCCAUGGGGCACGCUUGGCCGUGGCCUGUUCAAGCCCAAGGACCAGAUCAAAGUUGGUGGUCGGAACAUGCCCUCGAUGAACAACGGCCGCGAAAGUCUUGUCUCGGAGAAGCUGGAGCAGAUUGCCAAUGCCAAGGGGGUCCCGAUCACCUCGGUUGCUCUAGCAUACGUGUUACACAAAUCGCCAUAUGUCUUUCCCAUAUUGGGUGGCCGGAAGCUUGACCACAUCCGGGGCAACAUCGAAGCUCUAGGUCUGCGUUUGACGAGCCAGGAGAUGGAGGAUAUUGAAACCGCUUACCCAUUUGAUGUUGGCUUUCCGCACAACUUUCUGAGCGGAAACACAAAUCGUGGAUCGAGAGGGCCUGGAGAUAUUCGCACUGCCAAUGUGCGAGGACUGUUUGACUAUGUCGAAGACAUCCAUCCUAUUUUGCCUCCACUUGAAGACUGA